AUGGGUGUCGAAUCCUCUGCCCAUCAUGGGGAGUCCAUUACCCCGGCUCCCCUGCCGCAACACCAGUCUAGCCAGGAGACUAUUGGCAGCCAGAAGCCUGUCGAGCUUGGUGUAGAUACACCCAUUCCCAGAAUCACACUCCGUGCUACCGUCAUGGGUCUGUUCGUCUCCAUGGGUGGUCUGCUCUUCGGAUACGACACUGGUCAGAUCUCCGGUUUCCAGGAAAUGUCCAACUACCUGGAACGGUACGGUGAACUCGGCCCCGACGGAUACUCGUUCAGCCAUGUCCGCUCUGGUCUCAUCGUCAGUCUGCUGUCCAUCGGUACUCUCGUCGGUGCCCUCUGCGGUGCCCCCAUUGCGGACAAGUUGGGCCGCAAGUGGUCCAUCUCGCUGUGGUGUGUCAUCCUCAGCGUCGGUCUGAUCGUCCAGAUCUCGGCUCCGUCCGGCAACUGGGUUCAGGUUGUCCUCGGUCGUUGGGUUACUGGUCUCGGUGUCGGUGGCUGCUCGCUGCUUGUCCCAAUGUACCAGGGUGAGAGUGCGCCCAAGCACAUCCGUGGUGCCAUGAUCAGUUCGUACCAGCUGUUUGUUACUCUUGGAAUCUUCCUCGCCUACUGUAUUAGUGAGUCUCCCCAUCCAUCUGUUGAAGGACCUCUCUAA